CCUGUCUGCAUCUGGCCGAACAGCAACGCGCGGUAAAUAUAACUCUGAUAUUUACUAGAAUAUUAACGCUAGGCUGACACCCCGUCGGCUGCGUUUACGAGUGGAGUCCUUGUACGAGACGCAUCCAAUCACGCACUGUCAUGUGCUGAAUAACGCUUCAUGGCGAUGUGUAAGGUCGUUAGCCCAACGCCAAUCUAUGAAGGUGGAGAGAUAUGAACUGUGCCCAGUUAAAGCAUGCUGACAUACUUAUCACUCAAGGUAUCAAGAUUAUCACUACGUAGAUACGAGAGGCUCAUCAUGACUAUGCAUCCAAUGGCUUUCCAUGGACAUAUAUCUACAUGGUAGUCAGACUUCUCAUAUGCAUAUCGUCAAAGACACAGCAACAUAUGAUUGCCAUCCGAUCUUCUAAUUCAGCGCAAUGUCCAUUAAGAAACUGACAUCUCUACUGUCUUUGGCCUUGCUAGGUCUCAGCACAUCAUCCUCACCUCUCCCUGGUCCCACCCUUCCUCUCCCAGCUAGAACAGUAGCUCAGCUUUCCACGGUCCCAACCUGGCUGGAAAACAUUGCCGUCCGGCCCAAUGGUGAUCUACUCGUUACCCAACUGGCUCCAAUCCCUAUACUUUACACCAUCAAGAACCCGUCUCUAGGCAACGCAACCCUAGAACCCAUCUACGAGUUCCGUGCCACCAACGUCACCGAUCUCCUCGGCAUCACAGAAACAGCCCCAGACAUAUACGCCGUCAUCGCUGGAAAUGCCACAACCAAUUCAACUGGCUACGCUGGUACCUGGUCCGUAUGGCAAGCCGCCUUCGCCUCUCCCGACAUCUCCAUACCCACAGUUCACAAAAUCGCCAACGUACCUCAGGCGAAACUACUCAACGGAGUUGAAUCCCUGCCCUCCGACCCUUCUAUCGUCAUCAUAGUAGAUUCUCAAUACGGCCUUCUCUUCCGCUUCGACACCAAAACUGGGACAAGCGAGAUCAUCGCUGACGGACCAGAACUCAAGCCCUAUCCGCAACUGCACAACGCUACUGUGGGAUUUGGUGCUAAUGGUCUCAAGAUACGCGAUGGAUGGGUGUACUUCAGUAAUUCGGAUCUCAUUGCCAUAUAUCGCGUUCCCAUCACUUCGAGGGGGUACAUACCGCACAGCCCCAAGGCAGUUGUGGAACUAUACGCCAACUUGAGCGCAGUGGCCGACUUUGUGGAUGACUUCACGUUUGGGUCGGACGGUACAUUGUGGGCUGUGAGCAAUUACGAGAACACGGUUAUUGCGGUGAGUCCAGGUGGGAAGAAGAUGAAGGUAGUGGCAGGGGCAAAGGGGUCAGUGACGUUCGCAGGGGACACCGCGGCAGCGUUUGGGAGAACAGACAGGGAUUGGGACGUGCUAUAUGUGAGCACUGCUGGAGGUUUGGCGAUGCCUAUUAAUGGGAGUGUUGUGGUGCCUGGGAGUAUCGUUGCGGUUGAUACGAGAGGGUACGCGUGUUAGGAAGGACAUGGUUGGCCUUGCAAGACUCCACAUGUGUACGUUGCUGUGGCGAAGCCAAGCUGACUGCACUAUCUCAAUAUAAUUAGGACAAGAGGUGAGAUUAAGAUUGCUACAUCAGUGCUCCGUCGGGUAGAACAAAGAAGAAGCAAUAUGGCAACAGCAUCAUUGGUGUUUGCAUCAGUGCAUACCUCUCUCCGACCAUACAGCACCGCGUCAGCUUUCAGCAAGUCACAGAAUGCAAAGGACAAGACAUGAUAUCAACAGUC